AUGCCGCCGCAGGAGGCCAGCUCACUUGCGGGCCUGCGAUCGCAGCUGUAUGAAGCGCGAGAGCGGGCGAAAAACGCACCGCUGAAGCGCAAGGAGCCCAAGCGCCUCCGUAUGCGCGCUAGCAUGCAGCCGGCGGAGCAUAGCGAGGACGAUGUGCGCCUCGCUGCCUCGCAGCACGCCCUCGCAUCCAAGGCAGCCAGGUACGAAGCUGGCUAUAAGGACGACGAGGAGCUCAUCGACUGGGACUCGAAAGGGGCCAAAGUAGAGUAUGAGGACGAGUUUGGGCGCACACGGACAGGCGACGACGCGGCUAUCUAUGGUCCCGCGACAUCGUUUCCGGUGUACAUACGCCCCGACGUCCCUGUGCCAGACGUGCGGCCGCGUGGCGCAGCUUAUUACCGCUUUGCGCAAGAUGCAGAGACACGACAGAGCCAGCAGGCCGCUCUGAGCGAGCUACGAAAAGAGACACUACAAGAGCGAGGCAAGGCGGCGUCCACAGGCGCCGCACGCCGUGAAGCGCGCCGCCGUUUUCUCACGUCAUUUCGUGCAUCAUAA